GUCACAACAUUCUGAUGCAACUUAAGCUGGUUGAGGCCAUCAAAGAAGCCGGGAACAUCAAGCGUUUCUUGCCAUCAGAGUUUGGGAUGGACCCAUCACGAAUGGGACAUGCACUUCCACCAGGAAACGAAACGUUUCUUGAGAAAAUGGUUGUGAGAAAGGCCAUUGAGGACGCUGGAAUUCCUUUUACUUACGUAUCUGCCAAUGCCUUUGCAUGUUACAAUGCUGCUAACCUGUGUCAACUUGGCACACUCUUGCCUCCACGAGACAAAGUAUGCCUCUAUGGAGAUGGCAAUGUCAAAGCAAUAUUUUUGGACGAAGAUGAUGUAGCAACAUACACAGUCAAGACUAUAGAUGAUCCUCGUACAUUGAACAAAACAUUGUACCUUCGCCCACCACAAAACAUCCUUUCUCAAAGGCAGUUGGUUGAGAUGUGGGAGAAAUUUAUAGGGAAGGAACUGGAAAAGAUUAGCAUCUCUGCAGAAGAUUUCAUAGCCUCCAUGAAAGAUAUGAACAUUGGUGACCAAGCAGGAGCUGGGCAUUUCUACCACAUGUACUUUGAAGGGUGUCUAACAGAUUUUGAAAUAAGGGAAGAAGGAGAAGAAGCUUCGGAGCUCUAUCCGGAAGUUGAGUACACGACGAUGCACACAUACCUGAAACGCUACAUUUGAAGAGUCUGUUUUCCCUGGUUUUUAUCUGGUCCAAAGCGCGCAUUUUUCUUUCACUUUCCCUUGAACCACAUGGAGCUUUAAAUCAUGUGGCAUUUUGUUCAAAUAUGCAGACUAUGGUUUCAUUUCUAGCGUUUGUCAACUACAAAAUGAUGUUCAUGUUUUAGUUUGUUUCAUGAAUAAAAGGUUAUGCAUA